CUGUUCAUUUUCACUGCUCUCACACGCAAAAGAAAAAAUGGCUCACCUCUUCAGAGAGCUAUCUCUGGGCCACUCCAAGAGAGAGACGACGCCGCCGCCACCUAUGGCGUCCGCGAUUCCCUCCGAUCUACCACCGUCUCCACUCGGACAACUCGCCGUCCAGUUCUCCGAAUCGGAUCUCCGCCUCAUCGCCUACGAGAUCUUCGUCGCCGCGUGCCGCAGCGCCACCGGGAAACCUCUCUCAUCCGCCGCAUCAUCAUCACUCUCCGUCUCCAAUCCGGACCCCCCGAUCAACGGCGCCUCUCCCGCUUCUCCAGCAGCCCAGCGUUCCCUGACCGCGACCGCCGCCAGCAAGAUGAAGAAGGCCUUGGGGAUGAAGUCCUUGUCCUCCCUAUCCCCCGGAUCUACCAAGAGCCCCGGCUCGGGUUCCGGUUCGGGUGGUAAGCCGAAGCGUCCCACUACUGUCGGUGAGCUCAUGCGGAUCCAAAUGCGAGUAUCCGAGUCCGUCGAUUCGCGCGUUCGUAGAGCUUUCCUUAGGAUCGCUGCUAGUCAGGUUGGGAGGAAGAUUGAGUCGGUGGUUCUUCCGUUAGAGCUGUUACAGCAGUUAAAAUCUUCUGAUUUUACCGACCAACAAGAGUACGACGCGUGGCUGAAGCGUUCACUCAAGGCUCUCGAGGCAGGUCUUCUGUUACACCCUCGCGUACCGCUCGACAACAAGACGAACUCUUCUCAACGGCUGCGCCAGAUAAUCCACGGCGCGCUGGACCGGCCUCUGGAGACGGGAAGGAACAACGAGCAGAUGCAGAGUCUUCGAUCCGCGGUCAUGGCUCUCGCCACUAGAUCCGACGGGUCUUUCUCCGACUCUUGCCAUUGGGCUGAUGGAUCUCCGUUUAACCUCAGGCUCUACGAGCUUCUUCUGGAAGCUUGCUUUGAUUCCAGCGACUCUACUUCCAUGGUGGAGGAAGUGGAUGACCUUAUGGAGCAUAUAAAGAAGACGUGGGUGAUUCUUGGGAUCAACCAGAUGCUUCAUAACCUCUGUUUCACUUGGCUUUUGUUCUCUCGGUACGUUGUGACUGGGCAAGUUGAGAUGGAUUUGCUUUACGCUUGCGAGUCUCAGCUCGCGGAAGUUGCGAAAGAUGCAAAGACGACGAAAGAUCCUGAGUACUCUCAAGUUUUGAGUGCUACGGUUAGUGCUGUAUUGGGUUGGGCGGAGAAGAGGCUCCUUGCGUACCAUGACACCUUUGACCGGAGUAAUGUGGGUACCAUGGAAGGGAUUGUUUCUUUGGGUGUGUCGGCAGCUAGGAUUUUAGUUGAAGAUAUAUCUAACGAGUAUCGUAGGAGGAGGAAAGGAGAAGUUGAUGUAGCUCGUACGAGGAUUGAGACGUACAUCAGGUCAUCACUACGUACUGCUUUUGCUCAGAGAAUGGAGAAAGCAGAUUCUAGUAGGAGAGCAACGAGGAACCAGAAAAACCCUCUUCCUGUUCUAGCCAUCCUUGCUAAAGACAUUGGCGAGCUAGCUAUACAGGAAAAGCGGAUGUUUAGUCCGAUAUGGAAGAGAUGGCAUCCGUUUGCUGCAGGAGUUGCUGUGGCUACGCUCCAUGUUUGUUACGGAAACGAGAUUAAACAGUUUAUCUCCGGGAUAUCUGAGUUGACACCCGAUGCAGUCCAGGUGUUAAGAGCGGCUGAUAAGCUAGAGAAGGAUCUUGUGCAAAUCGCAGUAGAGGAUUCUGUUGACAGCGAUGAUGGUGGCAAAGCGAUUAUCCGUGAAAUGCCUCCUUUCGAAGCUGAGACAGUUAUUGCUAAUUUGGUCAAAGACUGGAUCAAAGCAAGAAUAGACAGACUUAAGGAAUGGGUCGACAGGAAUUUGCAGCAAGAGGUUUGGAAUCCGGUGGAGAAUCAAGAAGGAGGUUAUUCACUAUCUGCUGCAGAAGUGUUGCGGAUUACUGAUGAAACUCUGGAAGCGUUUUUUCAGCUUCCCAUACCUAUGCAUCCUGCUGUAUUACCUGAUUUGAUCAUUGGUUUAGACAAAUAUCUUCAGUAUUAUGUCUCAAAGGCGAAAUCUGGUUGCGGCUCUCGAACUACGUACAUGCCUACAAUGCCUGCACUCACACGAUGUACAACGGAGUCAAAGUUCCAAGGUGUCUGGAAGAAGAAAGAAAAGUCACCUCCUUCCCAGAAGAGAAACUCUCAGGUUACGAUUGCAAACGGAGAGGGUUCCUUUGGGGUCACGCAGAUAUGUGUCCGAAUAAACAGCUUGCACAAAAUCCGCAGCGAGCUCGAUGUUGUGGAGAAGAGAGUGAUCACGCAUUUGAGGAACUGUGAGUCUGCUCACACCGACGACUUCUCCAACGGUUUAGGUAAAAAGUUUGAGCUCACACCAGCGGCUUGCAUCGAAGGCGUUCAGCAGCUAUCCGAGUCUUUAGCUUACAAAGUCGUCUUCCAUGACCUAAGCCACGCGUUAUGGGAUGGGUUGUACAUCGGUGACCUCUCGUCCUCUAGAAUCGAGCCUUUCCUCAAGGAGCUCGAACAGAAUUUGACGGUCAUAGCAGAGACAGUACAUGAAAGAGUCCGUACACGCAUCAUAACCGAUAUUAUGAGAGCCUCUUUCGACGGCUUCUUGCUUGUCCUACUCGCUGGAGGACCCUCUAGGGCUUUUACAAUACAAGACUCUCAGAUUAUGGAGCAAGAUUUUAAAUCUCUGAAGGAUUUGUUCUGGGCGAAUGGAGAUGGUCUGGCCAUGGACCUGAUCGAUAAGUUCUCGACCACGGUUAGAGGUGUGCUUCCUUUGUUCAGUACAGACACAGACAGUUUGAUAGAGAGGUUUAAGGGGAUGACGCUCGAAGCAUACGGAUCUUCAGCUAAGUCUAGGCUUCCGUUGCCUCCGACUUCAGGCCAGUGGAAUGGUAUGGAACCAAACACGCUCUUACGAGUUUUGUGUUAUCGCAACGACGAAUCUGCGACGAGGUUUCUUAAGAAAACAUAUAAUCUACCGAAGAAGCUCUAGUGGAAUCUACUGUAACGGUUAAUAACCUCACAAGAUUAUGAGUGUGUUGCACUGCAGGGAGGAUCCGAGAUGUGUAUAGUGAGUUUCAUUUUUUUGUUUAAUAAUUACAGUAUUUGUUUUGUGUUUUUUUGUAUACAUUUCCUAUACGUAUUAUAUUAAUUUUUAUCGUUCGUUAA